AUGGCCGGCUCGCUCGACCUAACAGAUUCUGACCUCUCUGACCUCUUCGACCGUUAUCCAGACAUUAAAUUCGAUGCAGCUGAGGCGCUCAUUCCCGCAUACGAAAUCAACGAACACUUUUCCUCGCCGUGUUCAAGUGCCACAAACCACCAAGAGACGCCCACUUCGAGGAAUGCAAACUCUACGGCCCAUACCACUCCACUUCGGACAAGCUAUGGCUGCGGUAAGGAGUCAGUUCUGCCGACAUUGGAGCUGUUCCUCGAAGGGAUUGAGAGUGCCGACCUUCCUCUAAGUUCGAAAGAGGGAUUUGAGAACCUGGCAAGAGAAAUGACGAUGCUCGGGUCCCUAUUAUUUCCGGCGAACGGUGAUUACUACGAGGGCUACGUCGAUUCGAACAAGCCUGAGGUAUUCAGCAGGAUCCAGUCAAUUUUGACGCAGGUUCUACAAGCCAAUAACAAGGUGUCCGACGAGAUCGACAACAUCGAAUUUGUGAGAGCCCGUGCACCAUUCAACAUUGCACCUCAGAGGCAAGAUUUGUGGUGCAAUUAUCGACAAAGAGCAAAGCUGAUCGCGCAAUACGUUUCCUUACCUUGUCGGACGGAGAAGACCUUCCUGGAGGAGCUUACACACAUUUUCGAUGCUUAUGUCUACAACUCGUUCCUUGAGCUGUUGGCGCUGGAAAAGGUUGACACUGAUGUCCAAGACGCGAUGAAUCGCCUCUAUGAUGUGUUGAUGUCUCUUCUCCACAACUACAAUAUCUGGAUGAAAGGAAUGAGGCAUUUCAGAGAAAACCACAUGCACCCGAUAAUGAGCAGGAUUCGAGCGUGUCCAGAGAUACUACGAGAUAUCGCUGAAGCUGAGUUUGUCAAGGCUGUGGCGGAGGCGGCGGUUGGAAGUCCAGAGGCGCCAGGAAUGCAGCCAGCAGAUGAGAGAACGAUACAAGAGCUCAACUUGAGCACGAGUCGUCGGCGUGCACCAAUUCCACGCAGAAUGAGAUCGAGAUACAGGCGGGAGCACACUGUAUAG